AUGGAUUCCCCGGCUUCAGAUCUCUCCGACUACGCCAGCGACGACUUCCCUGAUGAAGUCAAAGGUCGCCGCAUCAGCGUCGAACACACUCCCGACCACGAACCUGCUGCUCGCCCGAGCAAACGUCCGCGCCUGCAGAAUCGCGCACCCGAAGAACCGCCCACCGACAUGCUACCGGUAGACGACCUUGGCGAGCUCUCGGAGGACACAGAUGGCUCCGUGCCUGCAUCACCACAUCAUCCUGGCAUGUCAGCCGAAGACGACUUUGGCCAAGACCAAGUCACAGUAUGCAAGUGGGAAGGUUGCGAGGCGGGCGACCUCGAGAACAUGGACAGACUGGUUGAACACUUACACGACGACCAUAUUGGCACGCGGCAAAAGAAGUAUAGCUGCGAGUGGAGCGACUGCAACCGCAAAGGCAUACCGCAUGCUAGUGGCUAUGCGCUGAGGGCGCAUAUGCGCAGUCAUACGCGGGAGAAGCCCUUCUACUGCACGUUGCCGGAAUGCGACCGCUCCUUUACGCGCUCCGAUGCGCUAGCUAAGCAUAUGCGAACAGUUCACGAGACGGAAGCGUUGCGACCCUCUGAUCCUGUCCCUAAACACCACUCAUCGAACCCAUCGAACAAGUUCCAGCGCAUCAAAUUGGUUCUGAGUGAAGAGAAGAGGUCCGCUGAGAAAGGCUCCACACCCGGCUCACCCUCGUCGCAUCCGCCGAACAGCGCAACACUUCCCCCGGGCCCCGAAACUGAUCAGUCGAACGACAACAUUAUAUAUAUACAAGACCCUGUCACCAACGCGACUAUGGUGCAGUUUCCGCCGGACGUGGCCUUUACACCCCAAGAGCUCUCCCUACCUGCGGAUCAACUGUUCCGCCUGUUGCGGCGGCAGCUACACUGGGCGACUCAAGAUGGAGAGAAACUCCGCGCUGAAGCCGACACGCUCGAGAAGCAGCGCAAGGAGGAAUGGGCUGCUAAGGAGUUGCUCGUGGAAAAUAUUAUGGAGGCCGAGCUUGAGACAGCCAAGCGCAGGCUUGUGGAGGCUGGACAGGACGAACCCGGUCAUUUUGCACAGCUGGAAGCAGAUGUCGCUGCAUCCAAGAAGCUCCGGAUAGAGUCCAAGGCUGGGAAGACCCCUUGGUGGCGCGAGCAGGGCUGGAUACAUCGUCAAGAGGGAGGUGAAGACAAGGCGGAACAGACGACUGAGGGACCACUACCCACAUCAUGA